AUGAGUUACGUUAAUCCCAUCAUUCCGGGGUUUAACCCCGACCCAUCGAUCGUUCGUGUGGGUAAAGACUUUUUCUUGGUUACCUCCACGUUUGAAUACUUCCCUGGAGUUCCCAUUUACCACAGCCAGGAUUUGAUUAAAUGGAAAUUGAUCGGUCAUGCGUUGACACGACCAAGCCAGCUUCAAAUCCAUACACCAGAACCGGGAGGCGGAGUAUGGGCAACCACGAUUCGGUAUCAUGCGGGGGUUUACUAUAUCAUGGCAGCGAGCUUUCAGCGUUAUCGUCCUCAACAAGAUGACCGAGUUUGGCCACAGGGAUUCUAUGUCAGAACGACCGAUAUAUGGAAUGACAAGACAUGGUCUGAUCCAAUCUAUUUUGAUCAAGUUGGUUUUGACCAAGAUCUUUUUUGGGAUGACGAUGGAACCGUAUAUUUAUCGUCCACCUACAGAAAGACUCAGCCAACUGCUGGUGCUAAGCUGAAAGACUUUGCGAUUCAUAUAUGCACUGUUGAUCUGGUCACGGGACAUUCGACAUCAGCACCUAAAUUGAUCCGGGAAUCUUCUUCUGGUGUUGCCGAGGGGUCACAUAUUUUCAAACGCGGUCGUUAUUGGUAUUUGUUCACAGCAGAAGGUGGUACUGAAAGUGGCCAUAGCGAAUGGGUGAACCGCAGUGAGGUCAGUCCGUUGGGACCGUGGGAGCUUGGACCAAAUAACCCUCUGUGGCGCAAUGGUGUGGAGGACGAAGUGCAGAACACCGGGCAUGCCGAUCUGGUUGAGGACACCAAUGGGCAGUGGUGGGCAGUUGUUCUCGGCGUUCGUCCUUUAAGACGGGGAGAUACGUGGGAAGAAUCAGUCCUAGGCCGAGAGACAUUUCUCGUUCCUUUGGAAUGGAAGGACGAUUGGCCUGUGAUCAAUGGGGGACAGAAAAUCAGUCUCAACUCCCAUGGACCUGGUCUUUAUCAGUUUCAUACUCCGGUUUCUUGGAGAGAUGAAUUCUCGGAGCCAGAAAUGGAAGUUGACACACCCUUCGUAAAUGACUACUCCCUUACGGAGCACCCCAAUCAUCUUCGUCUCCAUGGUGGACCCUAUAACCUGUCAGUGCCAGCCAGUCCAACCAUGUUCCUUCGCAAGCAAACCCACCGCCUCUGCAGGUGGGAAACAAUGCUCUCCUUUCAACCGACGGUAGACGAAACCGAGGCUGGUACUGUGGUCUGGUUAAACUAUUUUACAUAUAGCAGCAUCGGUAUCAGGAAGGAUACCAAGGGCCGUUUCAUCCGUUUUCGGCCAUCGGAGGGUGACAUCGUGGAGCAUAGAUUGAAUACAAACACUGCUGUCACUCUCACAGUUGACUGUGGCACCGAGUAUCGAUUUGGGUAUCGUGAAGGCACAGAAUCUGAAGUCCACUGGAUUGGUUCAGUUUCUAACAGUGCUGCUACGGCGGCACCUCCCGUUGGGGCCAACUUUACCGGCAUGAUGUUGGGGCUGUAUGCGUUUGGAGAGCGUCAGCGAUGCCUGGCCCCAGCUGAUUUUGCGUACGCAGAAUUUAGAUAA